CGACCAAUACGUUUACACUACACUCAACAUCGCAAUAUCCAGUCAUCCAAUCGGAUUGCGCGGCAGAGCUACGUCAGGAUCAGCCAUGAUGUGGUUUUGAAUGAGGAAGAAGCGGGAGAUGUUGUACUUCAACGAGUUUAUUCACGUUUUAUAGGCAAAGCAGCCAUCUGCAAAGGAGCUAGUCUGCAACUAAAUAUGAAAGCAAACUUUCCGAACGCGCGAGCAGCGACCUAUGACGUCUCCGUGGGAAUUUAGACACGACUCAAUAAAUUAGCCGUUGAGCUAACGGCGCUAGCUAGACACGGCUAACUCCUAGCUAGCAGGCUAACGCUUAGUUGUUUCCUUGGGGAAAGUAAAAAUGGUGUUUACGGGGAGUGUUGCCCUUUAAAACCGCCUUAGCUAAGCUACCUCAGUUGAAUGAGGCUUAACGCGCCUCGUUCGGCUCGACUGUAAUCCAGACUGAUAGCAGCCGUAGCGUUUUUGUUUUUCCUCUUUAAACCGUCGCUGUCAUUUAUGACACUUUCUAGCCAUGCUGAAUAAAAUCUACGAAUGGAUAGAAACGAACGUCGCCAAUCUUCGCAACGGAGAGCCGGCUGUGGAGCACUCACCUGGACACCCGGCGCCGAGAGACGCUCUGAUCAGAAGAAAAAGACCCAUUGUUUGUUUGGAGGACGGCCACAGCAUUGAUCAAGAACAUUUAUUAAUUAAGAGAACACGAAUGGGAGAUUUAUUGGAUUCAGUCAGGAGCGCCGCUGAAGGGGUUAAAAGUCACAGUAGCAAUGUAGCUACAUGGAUGAAGAGAAAUGUGAGCCCCAGCCUGAAGAAUAUUCUGCCUCCCUCUUCUGAUUCCCCUCCUGGAGAGCCACAGCCCUCAACGUCAGCGGCAAUCUGGACAAGUAGACCGUCUGUUCACAGGAACUCUUAUGAUGACACAUUUGCAGCUCCCUCAACAACAUUGCAGUGGAAAACACCCAAAUCAGACUGGCUGCGUAAUGACAGAGCCGUUAUGGGAUCGAAGGAGUGCAGGCGAAAAGUUUGUAUGAGUCCCGCUCACCGCGAGGUGCCAAAAACAAAUGGGCAUUCGGUCAGUGUGCCCCCCUCCAUCAACACAAAACUGCAGCCCUCCCCGAGGCUAGGCAGGCCUUUAAGCCUCCGGCUGCACGGAGCUUCAAGUUCGUCUGGUGGAGUGGGCACAACGAGCAACUCCUGCAACAACAUGUAUGAGAAGACGUUUCCCAUCAAGGUGGUGCAGAGCCCAACCCACAGCACGUCGUCGAACCGCCCAACCAAAGCUGGCUCCCACUGCACGGCUCAGGAGUCCAUUCGGGAGGAGGAGAAGGAGAUCUACAGGCAGCUUCUGACGAUGGUUUCUGGCGGUCAGUCAUCCUUUCUUCACAACGGCAGCACACACACCUCUGUGAGGUCGCAUAGAGAUUUCACCAGCUUCCUCAGCAGCCACAGGCGGCUGCAAAUGUCUUCUCCGGCUGGAUCAGCGACCGGCGGGACGUCAGAAGGAACCAGUAGCCCCCCCAGUCCCAGAGGGAUGUCAAGUCAGAGCUCCAGCAACCUCCCCAGUCCUGUGGGGGCCUCCAGUAAAUCAGGGACCCAGAUUUGGUCACAAGACACAGACCUCAGCUCCAGUCCGACCACCGCUCUCUUCUCAGCUCCUUCACCAUCAGCUCUGCAAGAUAACACCUCUCAGGGGACAGAGUCUUCAGCUCAUGAUUCUGUAAUUAUUGUAAAGGAGCAGAAAGGCAAAAAGCGAGACAGCUCAAGCAUGCCAUUAUUCCAAGCUGAGCUAUGGAUCAAGGAAUUGACUAGCAUGUAUGACUCCAGGGCGAGAGAAAGACGGAGACAAAUAGAGGAACAGGAGGCCUUGGCCUCCCAGCUUCUGCGACAGCGCUUGUCUGAGGAGGGAAAACGAAGCCCAGAUGUUGAGGUCCAUGUCCGUGUCCCUUUGGAGAAGGAGGUUCCUCUGACUCCUGUCGUAGAGGAGCCGAAGUCUGAGGAGGACAAACCUGAAUUUCCAGAACUUACAGAGGAAAUGGAGGCUGAGGUGUUCAGAGCGCUGACGAAAGGAGGAAAUCCUCAUGAAGUACUAAGUGAAGGUUUCGGUCUCAGCCUCACACGGAAAGACCUGCAAACCCUCAGCAACCUCAACUGGCUCAAUGAUGAGGUUAUCAACUUCUACAUGAACCUGUUGGUUGAGCGCAGCAAGCAGCCGACGCUCCCGUCAGCCAACACGUUCAACACGUUCUUCUACCCGAAGCUGCGCAGCAGCGGCUACUCCGCUGUCCGCCGAUGGACCAAAAAGAUGGACAUCUUCGCCAAGGACAUCCUGCUGGUUCCUGUCCACCUGGGAAUGCACUGGUGCCUCUCGGUGGUUGAUUUCCGCAAAAAGUCUGUCACGUACUUUGAUUCUAUGGGAGGAAGCAAUGACGAAGCUUGCCGGAUACUGUUUGACUACCUCCAACAGGAAAGCAGAGACAAAAAAGGCAAAGAACUUGAUACCUCAGGCUGGACUCAGCGCAGCAAGAAGCCCGGCGAGAUCCCACAGCAGAUGAACGGCAGCGACUGCGGGAUGUUCACCUGCAAAUAUGCAGAUUACAUUACCAAAGACAAGCCCAUCACAUUCACUCAGAAUCACAUGCCCUACUUCAGGAGGAGGAUGGUUUGGGAGAUUUUGAACCACAAGUUGUUGUGAUGUCACGACUGCCGUUGAGACGUUUUUAAGGUGGAUUCACGACGAAGGUUGAGCUCCAUUCCUCAGGAGGUUCAACUGAGACUUGCACACCAGCUCCUCAGACCAGAACCCACUCCCACCCGCAGCGCCGAGCUUCUGUUGGCUGACAGGACGAUGCCGGAGCACAAAUCACUGCCUCCUAUUCUCCUCUUUUGACUUUAGAUGCAGCGGCGGAGCAUCAGAAUAGCAGCUAAAACUUUUUGGAUCUGGUUGUAUUGCCCAGUACGAUAUCCUUUUUUUUUUUUUUUUUCAUCAUUCAUACUCUGUAGUGAAUCAUAUUCAGUGGUUUCUCUGAAUGUUACAUAAUCUGACUUCACCAUAGAAACACGUACUCCCAUUAUUAGUUAAAAAGGGUAAAAGGGCUGCCAACUUCCAUCUGAUUGGUUAUUCAGAAUGAGCAAGGACACUUUUUUUUUUCCCUUUAUAGUCAUCUGACUGACAGCUGCGGGGUUGUGUGGUACGUACUUUACCGAAAAUGGAUGAUAGAACGAAAUGCACAAAGGUCAGGGCGAUGCCGCCUCAGAGUAUGAUUUCUACUGAAAAUGAAAUGUCUUACUUUCAGCGAUCCAGGUGUAACAGAGCAUUUACAGCCUAAACAGCAGGGUAAUAAAUCUUUGCCAUUUCCUUAUUCUUGAUAAGAUUGUAAAGUAAAAUCUAUUUUGUGUAUUUGAGUCAUUUUUGUUAGGCGGUGACUUUUGAGUCAUUCGAUGUAUUUUGAAUUUUUGUACAUAAACCAUAUACAGCCUACAAUGUAACAAUAAACAUUUUUUUAUGUAUUUGUUAUUCUGUCUCAAAGGAAUCUGUUCUCAGAAAUAAAUUAUCCAAGACGUUU